UGUUUAUCAGUUUUACAACCUAAUAAAGCUGCAGAGCGAGAGACAUCUGGUUAAUCUUUAACCACAAACACAACCUCCUGUACCAAUGAGUCCAGGAAGUGUGUCCAUGAGCAGGUGAGGUGAGCCAGACUCCAUCUCGUCCUGUCAUGGCUGACAACAGCGAGCGGAAUGUGCUGGUCCUGAAUGUGCUGUUGCUAGGUGACAGGCAGAGUGGGAGGAGCUCUGUGGGGAAUGCUCUGAUUGGUGGAGAGGAAUUCCGAACAGGUAGCUGCACUUCUGGACGCUGCGUGACGACGGACUGUCAGGUGCUCAGACGGACUUUCCAGGGUUAUUUCAGGAGACAGGGGGCGGAGUCUGACCUGAUGCUGAGGGUAGUCGACACGCCCCUUGAGACGCCCCGCCCACAUAGUGUACAUGAGCUCUGCCCCGAUGGCGUGCACGUCCUGGUGCUUGUUGUGAGGACGGACCUGACACACAACAACACACACCUGGAGGAGGAUGUGGAGCUCUUCGGUCCAGAGUGGCGUCGUCACGCUUUGCUUGUUUUCACCCACACUGACCACCUGAAGGGGGCGGGGCUUAGCCAGUCAGUCUACCUGGCACAGACCACCGAUUGGCUGAGAGCUCUGGCUGAAAAGGUGGGAGGAGGAGUCUCGUUCUUGGACAACAGCUGUGAUUGGCCAACGAUCAGAGGACGCCCGCUGAGAGAGCAGCUGCUCCGCCUCUCAGCCAGGAACCAUCACAGAGCUCUGACAGUCAGGACAGAGGAACCAUAAUCUGUAAAGUAACUAGUAACUUAAGUUAUCAAUACAUGUAGUGGAGUAAAAAGUACAAUAUUUGUGGAAUUGUGGCAUGGCAGUCUAAAGUAGCAGAAAAUGGAAAUACUCAAGUGUACUACCUCAGAAAUGUGCCAGCAGGUGAGUAAAUGUACUUAGUUUCAUGAGAUUACUUCUCUACUCGGGUCAUGUAUAAUCAAUAACACUGAAGGAAGCAAACGAUUAUUGUUAAAUUAGUUUUUAAUCAAUAAACAAGAAUGAUGCAACUGCAAUUAACUCAA